CAACUGAGACUCAGAGAUACAUAAACCACACAGACACAGGCACACCCACACAGUCUGAGACGCUGAGAGUAACGUUCAAAGCUAUCUACUCGCACCUCUCCUAAUGGUGUUCUGAUCUUUGAAAAGCUAUUUCCCUUUCCGCUCUGCAAUUUGUUCGUUCUCCUUCCUUUUUUUCUGUUCCUCUGUGUUGUCUUUUCUCCCUCUGGAAUCCCCGAAAGAGCCUAAAAAAGAAAGGCAAGCGCAAAAAUGCUGUCCAGGCUUAAUGGCGUAGUCUGGAUGGAAGAAGAGGGCGAGGAUGGAGAUGUAGCUUUAUGGACUAGGAACAACGGUGGUAGUAGUGGCGGUGGAGAAAACAGGAACGACUUGGGUCCUCUCUCUACGUUCAAAUCGAUGCUCGAAGACGACUGGUAUGUGCACAGUGGAGGGAACCCGUCUCACCAUGAUUUUCAGAGCAUCCACAACCACCAAGAUAUAAAAGACAUCACCUUCUCUUCAAACCCUACUGUAGCUGAGAAUCUGCUGCUGCAUUCAGUAGACUCCUCGUCGUCGUGCUCUCCGUCGUCCGUGUUUAAUCUCGACCCAUCUCAGGUACAGUCCUUCUUGCCUCCGAAAUCUUGCUUGUCUUCGCUCCUCAAUGUCGUCUGCAGCAACCCGUUUGAGAGCGGUUUCGAUUUGGGUUGUGACCCAGGGUUUAUCGCGCCCUUGCAAGGGAACCUGAACAUGAACUCCCCUGCUUUGAUGAACAGAGGAGGUGGGGUUUUAACUGAGUUCAACGGCUUAAGCCCGCAGUCUCAGGUGGGCAUCCCCGAUCUAAGCUCCAAUUCACAGUUUCCGUCCACUCGUUUGCUCCCGAUGACCGAGAACGGCGGCGCUGUUAGCGCCGGUUUCAGUCCACCCGGGUUUGGAGGUUUUGAGGGUUCUUGUAAUCCGCUGUUCCUCAACAGGUCCAAGGUGUUGAGACCUCUCGAAAUUUUCCCUCCUGUUGGCGCACAGCCCACUCUCUUCCAGAAGAGAGCGGCUCUGCGGCAGAAUUUUGCCGCCCCUGACAGAAGUGAGAAUUUGGGUUUCCUGGGUUCGGAAGGAAAUAAGGGGAAGAGGGAGUUGAACGAAGACCAGGAGAAGAGGAGGAGGAAAAACUACAUCGAAGAGGAUGCAAUGGAGGAGGCAAGCAUCGAUGGGUCCGGUUUGAAUUAUGACUCUGAUGAGGCUACAGAGAAUAACAACAACAACAAAGUGGAGGAGAACGCAAAAAACGGUGGAAGCAACUCGAAUGCUAACAGCACUGUCACUGCUACUGAUCAAAAAGGGAAGAAGAAGGGGCUCCCGGCAAAAAAUCUUAUGGCCGAGAGGCGACGCAGGAAGAAACUCAAUGACAGGCUUUACAUGCUGAGGUCGGUUGUUCCAAAGAUUAGCAAGAUGGAUAGAGCUUCAAUCCUCGGUGAUGCAAUUGAGUAUUUGAAGGAACUACUGCAGAGGAUCAAUGAUCUCCACAAUGAACUAGAAUCAACUCCGUCUGGCUCAUCAUUGCCGCCUACUACAACAACCUUCCAUCCAUUGACACCCACCCCACCUACCCUUCCCUGCCGUGUCAAGGAGGAACUCUGCCCAAGUUCGCUGCCAAGCCCAAAUAGCCAACCUGCAAGGGUCGAAGUCAGGUUACGAGAAGGGAGAGCUGUAAACAUUCACAUGUUUUGUGCCCGAAGACCUGGUCUCCUGCUCUCCACCAUGAAGGCACUUGAUAGGCUUGGGCUUGACAUUCAGCAGGCUGUCAUCAGCUGUUUUAAUGGGUUUGCUCUGGACGUCUUCCGAGCUGAGCAAUGCAAAGAAGGCCCGUAUGUGUUACCUGAGGACAUCAAGGCGAUUCUUUUGGAAUCCGCUGGCUUUCAGGGAAUGAUGUAGUUCGCUCCCAACCCCAACUGCUGUACUUACUUGGAACAGUCAAAUGCAGGGAAAGCACCGACUUAGUUGUUCUCCAAGCGAUCUUAAAUGUGUUUACUAAGCUAAUUCAAGUUGGAUACCAGUAUUUAAUGGGCUUGGAGGUUGGUCUUCGUUUUUGGGUUUCUCCCUUUAAUAGGCAUUGUAGCAAAAAAACACUUUGUUUUCAGCAAUUUUAGAGUUUAAUAAAAA